AUGCGAUCGCUGAUACGGGCCACACAGGCGCUUAGCCUUGGCAACGCUUCCAGUCGCUGCUCCUUUACCGCUCGAGCGAGCGUCUCGGCCACCGCGAAGCGUCACAUCACCUCGAGCGCUGCCAAGUGCGCCGACAGCCAAUUUCAACCUUCUUCCGGUCCAUCCUCUUCCUCUCCCUCCUUCUCCGCCUCUUCCUCUCCAUCAGGUGCACCCGCACCCGCCCCUCAAUCUGCAGCAGACAAAUCCAAAGGCCAAUGGGAUGCAGUGCUGGAUACUUUUAGUCCAGAUAUCCGCGGUAAUUAUCUAGGCUCGGCGCCCAAAUUGGACGAGAGGGAAGCGCAAGAGGAUGCUUGGAUGACGCAGCGCGUGUACGGCAAUACCCGUCUAGCUUCACCCACGACCAUCGGACGAACAGUGACGGGUCAAGAGGACAUCUCUGUAGCAAUGAACAUGCUCAAAGGCAUUUUGAAUCGGAAUUCCGUCAGACAACAAGUGUUUGCGGGAAUGAGGUACGAGAAACCGUCAAAGAAGAGGAGAAGGUUGAGAAGCCUUAGGCAUAGGCGGAGAUUCAAGGAUUUGGUCAGGAAAAAGGUCCAGCUGGCCAUGCAAAUCAAAGCUACAGGCGCUUAG